AGAAGCUGCGCCAAAGAUCCGACCUCUAGCCUGAAGUGGACUCUGGGUUUUUAUAUUAUAUCUAUUAUUAUUAUUAUUGUUAUUAUUAUUGUCAACUCGGUUCGGGGAGAUGGCCGCGAUCGCCAGCUCCCUGAUCCGUCAGAAGCGACAGGCGAGGGAGUCGAACAGUGACCGGGUCUCUACCUCCAAGCGUCGCCCCAGCCCGAGCAAAGACCCGCGCUCUCUGUGCGAGCGGCAUUUCCUGGGGGUCUUCAGCAAAGUGCGCUUCUGCAGCGGCAAGAAAAGACCCGUUCGGCGGCGACCAGAUGCACCCUCCAAACCUCCACAGGUGUCCCAUAAGGGCUGCAGGCUAGAGCCGCAGCUGAAAGGCAUUGUGACACGACUGUUCAGCCAGCAGGGUUUCUACCUGCAGAUGCAGCCGGAUGGAACCAUUGACGGCAGCAAGGACGAGAACAGUGACAACACACUGUUUAAUCUUAUUCCUGUGGGACUGAGAGUAGUAGCCAUUCAAGGGGUGAAGAGCGGCUUCUACAUUGCCAUGAACGGCGAGGGCAUGCUGUACAGCUCGGAGAUGUUCACACCAGAGUGCAAGUUCAAAGAAUGUUUUGAGAACUACUACGUGAUCUACUCAUCAACUGUGUACCGGCAGCAAGAGUCAGGACGGGCGUGGUUUCUAGGUCUCACCAAGGAAGGACAAGUCAUGAAGGGAAAUAGGGUCAAGAAGACAAAGCCGUCUUCACACUUUGUGCCCAGGCCCAUUGAAGUUUGUAUGUACAGGGAGCCGUCGCUGCACGAGAUAGAGGACAAGCACCGCUCCAGGAAGAGCUCAGGGACUCCCACCAUGAAUGGAGGGAAAGCAGUCAAUCAGGACUCCACAUAACAGCGGGGGAGAGGCUUGCAACAAAGGAGGGGAGGCGUGACUUCGGGCUAAUUUGGGGAAGUGGGAGGAGAAAAGGGGGCCCAAAGGAAAAACAUGCAGCCCUUUUAAAUACUCACCACCGUACCCUCGGAAGGAGGCAGGGAUUUGUCUUGACAGCUUGGAACUCUGACUGUACGCCAAUAAAAACUGAACUCUUGCCUGUGAAAACCUUUUAGAUGACUUAAUACAAAUCAAGAGGAUAUCUAUAUCUAUAUAUAUAUCUAUAUAAACAUUUUCAAUCAGAACUUGACCAACAUUUUAUGCAAAAACAAGAGAAAAAGCUGUGAUGAACAGAGAAACGGUGGUCUCUCUUCACACAUACACAUACAUACAUACAUAUAUCGACCAUUUCUAAUUCACGCUGUGAAAACAGAACAAAACAAGCUUUAAUACACCUUCACGUUUCAUACACUGAUCCCCCCUGAAAUGCUGUUACACUCUUGUAGGCUUUAUUGCGUUACAGUUGCCAUUGUUACAAAUUAAGUCACUUUAUCCCAGUAGUAUCAAAGUUCCCAACUCUUUCC